GUGGCAUAUUCCGAAUUUGCCUAUACAAUAUCCUCUAAUCAAGCCAUUCAUUCUUUGCUCUUCAAUAAUAUUACGAGGUCUGACGUCACAAGCUUAUCAGGUAACGAUUGUCGACAAAACUACCCGGCAAACCUCCGGUGCAAGAGAAAAAAAGAAUGUUGUCACAUUUGGCCAUCACAAACAACUAAGGCCCGCGCCGACCGCAAGCAGUAAAAGCUUCGGUCUCUGCUCCCUCCUCAAAUGGGGGUUUUCUUUUUAAACUUCCUGAGGGCGCUGAAAGGCCCGACUAAAAACCUCGUUUUACGAACAACCCUCUUCUUGGUCUACUUACUUUUUGGCGCCGCCGUGUUUCAAACGAUCGAAUCAGGUGCGGAGCACAAGGAAAUACAUCAUUUUGACAAAGUACAGCAAGAUAUGAAACAGAAGUACAAUAUUUCCGAUGAAGAAAUGAAUCAUCUCUUUGAAGAAAUUUCGAAGGCCAUCGACGAUGGGUAUUUUGACGUGGGCUAUGACCGGUGGAGUUUUGCGGGAUCGCUGUUCUUCACUGGGACGGUAGUUACUACCAUUGGUGAGUAGAGAAAUGACCGAAUAUUGUACCGCUUAAAAUAUACAUAUCAUUGUUUGCCUUAGCGAUGCGUUUAAAUUAUCUUGUUGCCUUUUGACCCAGGAAAUAUAGUCAGUUGUUAUAUUGUAAGUUUACAAGGUCGGCGUUAGUUUGCGGUGUACCAUUAAAAUGCCGAAGAAACCUACGUAGAGCUCUCACAAUUCUGGUUCUGGUCUUAACACUCUGUUACAACGCUAGUGUUUGUACAUUUGCGUACGGCUUUCCGCUUUGUGGGAAGCAAAACUGUUCGACCGAUCAGCCCGCAGCAGUGGUUAAUUUUAGUUGGAUGUUUGCUUUUCGAUUUCUCGUUGCUUGAAAACGAAAUCUUCCCUUUAUCAUGGAGAAAAGAAAAAAUAAAUGUUCUAAUCGUGAUUUACUGCUGUCAAAGUUUGGUCAUUAUCGACCAAAGCUCGUGAGAUCGAAACUUUAGUUUGCCUUUUGGUUGAUAUAAACUUUUAAAUUUUCAAACACUUUACAACAUUAAACCACUCUCUUCGUGCUCAAAAAUUGUUAUUUAAGUACCGAUCAAAAGUCCUACCUCCUUUUGUCGGGAAUUAAAAAAAUGACUUGGAUCAAAAUGUUGCGUCGAAUAUGAAUAUUCAAAAAUUUGUUUCCGACGUUGAUCGGAUGUUAGCAGUUUGUUUUGUUUUGUGGGAUUGUUCGCUCAUUCGAGAAGUUCAUUGGCUCCUACUUAGAAAUGGAUCAUUCCACUGAUUCGAAAAUUGUAAUUUCCAAUUUUUCCAAACGAAAUAGUACGCCUCACUUUUUUUCUGAGAAUUAAUUUCGCUACGAAGCGAAAUGUUCUUAACUCAAGCUGUGGUUCUGCUAUAUUAUGCAAAAUAGUGAUCAAAAGAUUAUGAACUUAAAGCGGACAAGACGACAAAAAACAAUAGAAGCGUACAGGUUCAUUUAUUUCUCUCACUGCUUGAAAAAAAUCCAAUUUUAUCCAAGUGAAAGCAAAAUAUCUAGUUUCUCUCCUUUCGAUCGCGCUAGAGAACAGUACUUGCUGCUCAAUUAGAAAGGAUAUCAUUAAAUGCCUAUUUUCAGGCGUGUAAAUAAAAAAUUGAGCUUUCCCAUUCAAAAUGUGAAUCUGUCAUUUCUAUCGAAAUAGAAAUUACCGGCGAAUGAAUAUUUUAUUCUACCCACGAAACUAUUGCGCCGAUCAAAGACUGUGGUGGUCUUAGAAAUUUUCCAACCUUUGGUUAAGUCGAUCACUGAAAAAUAAGGUUCUCAUUUUUUUGCUUGGAUGUAAUAUCGUUUCCGUCAGAAAGGAUUGUAUAUUUAUUUUAAAAGCAGCUGCUUGUUGUUGCAGUAGAAAGGGUCUUCUUUAUGGGCAGGAGUGAUUAAAAAGCUCCGUAAAACUUGACGCAGUCGAACAAUAUGACCAAAAGCAAGAGUGGUUCGAUGUAAAAAGAAAAGAAUUAAAUUAAUAAAACCGUUGAACAAUUUUAUAACACGUGCAACUCGAAAGGCAAAUCAAGAUAUGAAUGUCAUUCGAGAUUUUAUCCAAAAGCAGAUUGUUCUUUCUCUCAAAUGGACAGAGGAGCAAAUGUUAUUGGUGAAAUAUCCGUCUGGGGCAAGUUUCUUUAUUUUAUGACUGCUGGGCCAUAUUUCCACAGAAAUCUGAUUCGUUUACGUAAAUACAAACCCAUAUCUUCUAUUUUCAAAUUACCUUAAUUUGGUAAAGAAAAGAAAAACAUUCGUCUUCGAAGGAAAAUAAUCAAACCAAAAAGUGUGCUUGAGAACCAAUUUGUUACAAGGCCAUAGCUACUUCCGAUCAAAUAAAUCUGAAUAUUUCUCUAUCAAUAUCGUAGAGUUUUAGAACUGUUCCUGGAGAGUGUUAGAUCGCACCCCUUCCCUCGAUCAGCAAGUUCCUGUGAUUUUUUUUAGGAAUUUAAUAUAAUACGUGUACAAUAUAUUUCUGAAUCAGUGCCGAAGUUGUAGAGUUCGUUCUCUUUGCAGCGUUCUAUCAAGCUAUGUUUAUAAUAAACAAAAAUAAAAAUAGCGAAAAAUUGUUUCCUAAUAGGAAAACACCUGGCUAAAUCUUAAAAGUGUUUUUUAACGUCUUUUUGGCUUUGGAUGAAUUUAUCGGGAAAGUUAGGUCGGUCAACGCACGAAUGCAAUAUCUCACGUUUCCUUCGUCCCCUUUUUGUAGAAACAGCGUACAAAUAGAGUAAAAUGCACCAAUCUUUGUUCUUUUGAAACUGCUAAAUUUAACGUAUCAGUGAUUUUUCCGCAUUGUGUUGUUUGAUUUCGAACUUAAUUGUCUCGAAAAAUCCCUAAAUUUAACGUACGAGUGGAUUUUCCACAUUUCUACCUUUCAUUAAUGGACUGUGUGUCAAGUCAGUUAAGAAUUUGUUUCUGCAUAUGUCUCACUGAUUCGUGUUUAAGGGAAUAAAACCAGUCUUUUAACAUAUUUAAAAAUGGCUUUGCUUAUUUCACGUUUACAAAGAUAGCAAGACAGGAUUGCUUGAAAGUUCCAUUUGUACUACACAGAAAUAACUGUCGAGUUGGACUUUUCUUAACGGCGUAGAAACUGAACGAACCUAUAGAAUUAACACCUUUUUUAUCGCUUGUGUUAGCAGGGAUGCCAACUGGGUAUUUUUUCAGUUGAUCGUUGCUUAAAUAUAGUCAUAUUCAACCAUGAAUGAAAACUGAAGUUUACACGAAGUAAUCUUAUCCUAAAAACACCGCAUGAAACUAAAUCACUGUAACAGUUAUUUAGUUUAUUUUUCGAGCACUAUAUUAUACCGCUUCAUGAUCAGGUAAUCAUCACUUCUACUUUUCUGGUUUACAUUCGAUGUAAAUCGGUUUCUUAUCAGUGAUUUUAGGAGACUACAGAAGUCGCCUUUAAUGGAAGACUCGGUAGCGAAAUUCAGCAUAUUAUUUUAUUGUUUUAGAAUUGUAUAUUUCAUGACGAUCUUUCGUGGAAGUAUUCUUUCCGGUUUAUAUUACAAUUACAUUUAGUUAUUUUGUUCUAAUUUAUUGAAAUUAAUGUUUUUUCGACAAAAAUCAGAGUUUCCAUCCGGCUCCCGCGGAACGCUGAAAUAAGUUAUUUCUAAUGGUUUCGUUUUGUAUAUACGAUGCGGGCCAAAAGAGCCUGAAUAACGACCGAUAUUUGCUGUAUAAUCGAUCUCAGUCAACCUGAAUCGCCAAAAUUCUUUUGUGUUUCUAGUUGAAACUUUGCCACAGUUUUCUCGCUUUUUAUUUUAUUCAGGUCUUGUUGAAACCAUUUUUUCGCGUUAGAGUCUGUUAAGUUCUGCUUCCUAUAAUAUGAAUCAAAUUAAUUUCGGUUUGAAAUGACCAAAAAUGUUAGGGGGGAGCCUUUUAGUGUAUUAAAUUAUCAUCUUAGAAUGUGGUUCCUCGUCUUUAUUAACCUCAGCUGAUAACAUCGAACCACAAUAGAUUUGUCAUCAGGUUUCUUUAUAGAGCUUAAACCAUUUAGACAACUGAAUUACAAUUGUCAUGGUUCCAAAGAAAUGCUACAAUGUAUGUGUGUACAAUUCACCCAGCUAGGUAAAUGCUAUUCUCAAGUAUCAUGGCUCCCUAGUGCAAAUAUUUGGAAAUAUGUGAAUUCCGAGGCAUAAUUGAAAUCAAUUGGGUCUGCAGCUUUGCGAGUAAAUAAUUUAUCGGUUUCUUUUGUACGAUUGAGAUGAAAUAUUGUUUACUCGGUUAUUUCAGUCAGAGAUUUCUAAUACAGACACCUUUAUUGUUAAUGUGCCUGAUUUGCAUAUUUCGCGCCUCGAUUACGCCCUCGCACACUAACUUAAAACUUAUUAACGAUGCAAACUGCUAGAAAAACAGGAUUGUAAUUUGUCUUGGCGCCGAUGCGAUGCCCACUGUGUUAUAUUUUUGGACUAUGUUGGCUCUUGUAUUUACGCUUCCAACCGUUUGUAUUCGUGCAAGCUUGAGUGUUUUAUUUUCAGCUUAGAAAGGAAGGCACCCGAUCAAUGUCUUUACCCACGAUCUCUCGCUGAAGAAUGUAUAUUCGUUUUUUUUUAUGUGUUCGGGGCCAGGAUAUAAUAAAAUCUUCCAUAAAAUCGUAUUUUAGAGGUAAAAAUUAAAAAAGAGCUAAAUAAAUGUUCCAUCAUUGUAAUCAGAAUCAGGAAUGCUUUAUGGUGUUUCAUAAUAGCAUUUGAGUUUUAACUCAACUAGAGGUAGCAAAUCUUGUGAUUUGUUCCAGGUUUUUUAACAGCUACCUUAAAUAUUUUUAUUUUGUUUUAGAACCGUGAAACAAAUUUUGUCAUUAACUAUGUGGCCUACAACUUCGUUUAGAUUAUCAGCGUGAGAUAAUUUUUAUUGCAGUUAAUCCUCCGACAUGUUUUUAUUUUACAUAAGACGUAAAUCAAGAAAGUUUUAGGUGAUUACAAGCUUAGCAGGAGCUUACCAUCUCACGUUCGUUCAGUUUAACAUAUAUGAGGAUAUAAAAGCUAUCUCUCUUUAGGAGAAUAUACAAUAGGUUUAGUCGACUAAAUCCCUACCGAAAGCCCAUAAACGCGGCCAUUAAUAAGAAUCAUUCCAUGGCGAGUUGAUUAUUGGUAGCGGGGAAGUAGAGACUUACUAACAUAUCAUGUACCUCCGAUAUAGAACUAAAAAGGAAAUACAUGAUAAUAAUGAGUUCAACGGCAAAACGUAAACUUCUUGCUAAGCUGAUUAUUGUAGUUGGGAAGUAGAGGCUUACUCGAAGAUCGUGUACCUUUGAUAUAGGACUAAAAAGGAAAUACAUGAUAAUAACGAGUUCAAACGAUUGAACGUAAGGUAAAUCCCCUUUUCAAAGCAGGAGGCAUUGCACUUUUUGUCAAACGUCUUGCUUAUUUGAUCAUUGUGGUGGGAAGGUAGAAACUUAGUAAGAGAUCAGGUACCUCCGACAUCGGACGAAACUAAAAACAAAAACAAAACAAAACAAUACAGCUGUAUUUUUGUCUUGUUUCUUCAAGAAAAGGCUGUACGUCAAUGUUGGGCCCGAUGCCCGUAGAGAACCAAUCAUGCAUCUUAAAAUCAGAAAAAAAUGAGUAGGCGUAAAAAAUGAAAAAUUCUCAACGCUUUUCUGUGCCCAAGGCGUGUUUUCCUUAUUAUUUCAUUGUGUGGCGGCCAGGUAGUUUUUUAACCCCAAAUCCAUCUCAACUUGUUUUAACUGCGAUGAAUAUUAGCUUUUAGCUUUUAAAAUCAAGGGAAAAGAAAUCUAUGUUUAUUGACCUUUUAUUCCGGUACAUAUGCUUUAAACCCGGAAAGCUUUGAACUCUUAAGAGACUCGAAGACUCUUCGAAGAGUCUUACCCUCAGCAAUGGCCUUUUCAUGCCAAACAAAAACAGUCUUUAUUGGCUGCAAUGUGAUGAAUUUUUAUGCAUUUCUGAAAUAAACUGUUCAAAAGAUGGUUCGUGGGUAAAACUAUAUAAAAUGUCCAGUCAGAAUUGGCAGUCGCAAAGUGAAACUAAAUAUGACUUCCAAGGCAGAGCGCCCCCCCCCCCCCAAAAAAGUGACAUUUAUUUAACUUUCCACAUUUGUAUAUCAUGUAGAUGAACAACUUACAAGGCAUACUCUAAACAAUCAACGGCCAUUCUGCUAGGGGCCAUGCACGAAAUGUUGUUUGGCUCUUUAAUACUACUAAAACCUCUGCGUAUUAAACAACAGAAUGUACACAACUGCCUCAUCACCUAAAAAUCAGGGGCACCCAACGACAAUUGUUUGAAAAUAUCUGUUCGGAAGACGAUUUGAAAUCUAGAAUUUUCGGAACAUUUGUUGUUAAAUUUCUUGCUUGCACGCCUCUCCUGAGAUUUUCGAACCUUCCAAAAAUGGUAUAAUUGCCUAUUGUUAACGGAUUUUUACCGUGAAAAGGUCACCUAGAAUUAUCGGGAGCCUUUUUCUGGCUGAAAUUUUCGAAUAGGUAAGUUUUGAUGCCUAUAAUUUUCGGAUCAUUAGACUUUCAGCUAGGAAAUCCGAACAGAUGAAAAAUUUUUAGGAGAUGAAAAUAUGCCUAUAUCUACCGUUUAAAUACUAAAAUACGUUCAAAAAUGCUAUGUUUAAGUGGUUUUGAACUAUAUUCUCGUUGGGUGCCCCUGAAAAAUGGAAUCACUUUUACUCGGCUUCAGUCCACAGGUUCGCUUAGCACAAGAACCUGUAGAUAGAAGUGUCAGGCCAAAUACUAGUAGCAGCUGUACAGCAAUCGUUUCAAGGAGCAAAAUAGCUGACGUGGAAAAUCCAGUCAUUUGUUUCUUGUAUUAUCGUAUCUUAUGACACUAAGAUGGUUCUCGUAGUCUGCAGUUUCGACUGUAUUGUUGAUAAAACGUCGCAAAAUAUAGAAAAGUAUUUUUGGUGUUAAAGCACAAAAAUGCGUAACGGCAGAAUGUACACAACUGCCUCAUAUCCUAAAAAUGGAAUUACUUUUACUCGACUUCAGUCCACAACUUCGCUUAGCACACGAACCUGUAGAAAGAGGCGUCAGGCCAAAUGCUAAUAGCAGUUGUACAACAAUCGUUUCACCGAGCAAAUUAGCUGACAUUGAAAAUCCAGUCGUUUGUUUCUUGUAUUAUCGUAUCUUAUGACACUGCUGUCUCGGUGAUUCUUGUAGUCUUCAGAGUCGACUGUAUUCUUAAUGAAACGUCGCAAAAUAUAGAAAUUAAUUUCGGUGAUAUAGCACAAAAAGGACAAUAAAUUUUUUAAGAUUUCGUGCAGGACUAGAAAGGUGGGAAUGGAUUUCGGUUCAUCGAAUUGGAUUCCGUCCAAUCCAACAGUUAAACUACAUAAUUCUAGAGAAAUUAGUUCUUUUUUCUACCGGUUAUGUCCUUUUUUGCUUCUCGUUCUUUACGUGAUAAACAACAUACUUGUCCCUGAGUUUUUAAUUAUAAUUCAGUAAGAUCGGACUCAGCAAAGAACUGGAGACACACCAGGCUGCCGUUGUCAGUACAUUUGUGAUCUCAUGGUUGGUCGUCUUUUAAAUGAUAGAAAACAAAGGGUAUCUUGCAGCAACUCUGAGUGUGACUGGAAACCGGUUGCCAAAGGGACAACUCAAGGUAGCGUUAGCGGUCCUUACCUUUUCAAUAUCUUUUUCAAUGAUCUUAACAUCACUUUAGGUAAUCAUUACGCGCUAUUUAAGUGCGCUGAUGAUUCGACAAUUAUUGUUCCUGUAUGGAAGAAGGUAGUCUUCUCCGAUCAGUUAGUGUCACAGUCUUCAGACUGGACGAAUGCAAAUGGAAUGUCUUGCAAUCCAAGCAAAUUAUGUAAAGAGUUGACGAUCAAAAACGGAGGCAACCGCGAUCUCUAUUAACCUAUUGGGAUGAUACCUUCCAAUGCGACAGAAAAUUUCAGUGCACGUGAAGAACAAACUUAUUAAAGCUAACAAAUUCCUACAUAUCCUUAGAACGCUGUGCAAAGGGGGGUACAAUCAGUCAGAAAUAGACCUUCUCUUUAAUACAAUAGUUCUACCCAAUCAGUAUUAAUUACGCAUUAUCUGUCUACGCUGCGUCCGAGUCCGAUCUUACACCUCAACAAUGCUUCUUCGACCGCUGUUUUAAAAGGAAAUAUACGUCUAAGCCAGUAAGUGUUUAUGAUUUCUUAGAGAGGCAAGACCGUAAAAUUUUCAGAAAAGUUUCUAAUAGUAAAGGACAUCCACUUUUAUCUAUUAUGCCUCGCGUUAAACCGUCCGGUUACAAUCGUAGGAAAGAAACCUGUUUUAAACCUAAGAUUAUUAACACUAGAUUCGUUGUAAAAACUCUUUUAUUAACCGUUUAGGGUUUUAAAUAUGAAUUAGCUAUGUAAUAUACUAAAUUUUUUAAUUCUUACUUUUUCCCUUUUUGAAAUUUCUUACACUUACUUGUAACAAAAAGAUAUGUAUUUUUUUCUUUUGAUGAAUAAAGACUUUAUUAUUGUUAUUAUUAUUAUCCCUGCGUGAUGGGUAAAAAGAUGUCAGUGAAGAUAGUUUAUGUAGCGAUCGGCGAUCGUUGAGGCAUUAUUCAGGGUGCUUUUCAUCUGAUUACUGCUUUCCUUAAGCUCAGCACGAUCCCGAUCGAACCUAGCCUUAACCCCCACCCACCCCAUCCUUGAUAUGACUUCGUUGAAGAGGUGUAGUUAGAAGUAAUUUAAACUUUGAAGGUAGGCCAUACCAUCGGGGACUACCUUCAGAGCUUUUUUCGAAAACGUUCUCUUGGUUCUUUUUUGUCUCCAUCGUUGAGAAGGAAAUAAUUAAUGUAAGUGAACAAUUCGAAUUUCUAUUACUACUGUUGUGAUAGGAUCGAACUGAAUCUAUCAUCCCAAAAGGAUUUACUUGUUCAAUGUUUUUGCCAUUACUGAAAUUUUGUUAAUGGACAAGUUAUAUAUUCGCACCCAUAAUUUAAAGCCCCUGUAGACUACACAAAUUUUGUCGUAACCUCUCUUGAAAUUUUGCUGCAACAUAUGUUUAACAUGUUACGCGACAUUUUUGUUACAAGAAUGCGUUCAUAAGGCUAUCAAGUUCUACUUUUUGUAACGAUCACAGCAGAAAACAUUUUGCGAGACGUGUGCAUUUUUAGGAGGUCUUGUGCAACAGUUCACGCCACGGCCUUUCAAAACUACGAGACAAAGUGCAUCAAAAACUGUCUAGUGUUACAGCACCUUGUACCUUUAAAAUGCUUUUAAACAAACGAAAAAGAAUCCUGGACUAAAAUUUAACCCCGGUUUAGCGCUAAUCGCCAUUUCAACAAAUGGGGCCUGUAGUUAAUUAUCGUAGCAAUUUGAAAAGUUUAAACACCGUCAACACACUUUUCGCAAAAGUGUAAAACGCUUUCUUCGUCCUGGGUAUUUUAAGUGCCCGACACUCGACUCUUUUCGUAAGAAAUUAGAAACAAACUUUACACUCAUCCGAACUGUAAUUUGCAUGAUAAUUUGGCACUCCCACAAGAAGAAAGUUAUGUGCUAUUCUGAUUCUAAUAGAGUAAAAUAUAUAUCACGCGAGGGGAUGGAAAUUGCUGGUUUCCAUCAGAGGUCACUGCGGCCAUUAUGGUUGACAAGAACAAAGCGUUUCUCUUCCUUUGGAAAACUACACUUUUUUUCUUGCAAAUACAGUAAAAAUCAUAUAAGAACCUAGAAUAUUCAAGGUCAGGCUGAAUAGGUUUGUAAUAGGUUCUUAUUUUUCAGAGGUUUUCGUAGUGUAGCCAUUGGCAGGAAUGUUUUACUUCUAAUACAUACAAAUGUAAUGGUCUAUGGAAAACAUAUUUCUAGUGAAAAUCCAAACAAAUAUAAAUCAAAGGAGACAUAUACACAAUAACUUUUGUCAAAAGUUUCUCACACAAUUAAAUAGAGAAUUUUGGCCAUCAAAAGUGGAGUGAUUCUUUUGUAUAAGAACCUAUUUUUCUUUGCUAGGUUGAACAGGUUCUUAAUAUAUUUCUGGGUAUUUCAAUGCCAAAUGCUAGCCUGUAGGUUCUGAAAUCACUAGAUUCUUUUAUGCGGGUUUUUGCUGUACUGAGAAAAAAACAAGAACGAUUUUCAGUUCUUAACUUAAGAACUGAUUUUCUUCAGCUUACAACCAAAAUAUAUUUAGUAUAUCAAACACCAGACGCAGUGUUUGAACACGUGUGGCAUACGGAGGGAAGAGUUGAAAAUACAACGUGUAGCAGAGUAUUUUUGACGUUUUUGAUUUUGUGAUAAAACAUUUUUUUUUCGAGUGUUUGAUACAACUUGAACAAAGUAAUUUGAUGGGGAAAUUAAGGACGGAGAAAUAAGGAGUGUUUCAUCAGAUAUUCAAAUACGUCACCGCGCAUAAUUUCCUUUCUAUCUGGGUCUUGAAUUAUUAGGAAGUUUGAAAAAUGAAUUGUAUUUAAAGUUUCGGCAUAUGAAGACUAAAAUCGUACAGAUACAUAUGAAAAUCCGCUAAGCGAGCAUUGAUUUAAUUUUUUUCUCGCUGGUUCUUUGUAGGUGAUACAUUUUGUUGUAGAGUUCUAGUGAUAUAUAAAUUUGGAAAUUGUUGUGCGGAGAAAUCCAAAGAAAAUCGAAGUGCGAUGUCAAGUUAAUGGUUUCGGUAAUCAUCUGUGAUAGAAAGUAAUCUCAAGGCAGGAAAAUGUGAUAACUUUGCAGAUGAAAAAUUUUAACACAUAAUUAUCACUAUCUAAUCACUGUGAUAAUGGUUUCAUGUUGGAAACAUCAAGGAAUCUGAAUGUUCGAAAGUGUCUUUCUUUUUGCGGAGAUUCAGUGUAUAGAUCGUUUUCAAGGAACAUAAUGAAAGAGUUUUAUAACCCCUCAAAAAGAACGGGUUGUCGAAAAAAAAAUUGCAGAAAACUUGAAAAGAGUCGUAAUUGAUAUUUAAGUAUUGCCCGAGAGUUUUUUACUUCCCGAAUAAAAUUCUAUUUUCCCAGACAAAGGACUAGCUCUUGAAACUUAGUUUUGGCUAUCUUUACGGUGGCAAAUUAUCUUGGCUAUCUACCCAAAUUAAAGAUCCAAAACUUUCCGUUUCACCUCGGCGCCGACCUAAAAUCACGAUUAUUUCUUUUGAAACUAACCCUUUCAUACUUAACGGAACUUCAUUAUUCCCUAUAUUGGUCUUGUUUUUCGUUUUCAUUUUAAAGUUAAGACACCAUACUUUGAUUUUAAAGCAACGUACGUGACAAAUGUAGUAUUGCUUAUUUUCAAACUUAAAAAGGGGUUUCAUCACUAAGGUUUCAUCAGUCAGUUCUGUUUAUUGAGGUUAUGUAAACGUUGAGCCGAAUAUAUUGUCGCCUGAACAACAGCAUCACAGAAUAAUAAUGAUAAUGAUUAUGAUAACAAGUUAUGAGUAUAAAUAAGUUUUCAGUGGUCAUAAAAUUCACUGUAAAGAAGGCUAAUCAAUUGCAGCUCUGAAAAUUUUUAAAGGAAAUCCAUCGACGAAUUUUGAUUUUAUCGCUGUUUUCCUGAAAGUAGCCUUACAAUUGCAAAAAGUGCUCAGCAUUGUGUUUUACACUGGUGCAUAUUCUUUCCUGUCUUCGAAAUCGCGCAAGUCUACCUGCCUCAGGCACGGAUCCAUACCGGUUUCCACGGUUUUACGGAAAUCGGUCAGAUUUUUCAUAAUAAAUGUAUUCAGUUUUUAGUAAAAAACUUUAAACUUUCCAGGCUCAAAUCUGGAAAAUGGUUUGGACAGUCAGUAAAUAUCCUGUCUGAAUGAGUCAGCAACCCAGGAAAGUGGAAUUUGGAGAGUUAAAAUCCAAAAACUAAACCUGGGGUAGCAUGGCCCCAGACCUCCCUAGAGGUAGGAAAUCGGUCAGUAUUUAUUCUAGAUCGGCGCCUUUGCCUCUGGCGGUUGGAGAAUGUACACGGGAAAUUAGUUAAAAGAAUGAGGGGGAAAAACUUUCCAGGAAUUAGUAAAUUUGCUUGGAUAGUCCAGUAUUCAGUUUACCCGCAAAUUAUAGCCUUCAUGUAGAAAUUGCACGAUAUCUCAAAAUUCCCUCUCUCCUCCGCAGAGGCCUCUUUGCGUUGUGGGGGGGAGGCUGGGGAGAAAGACAAAGAGAGCGCGCGGGGUUUCCCUCUUCCCAUCGUCCCCCGCGCGCUUUCUAUUUUUUCGAUUAUUUUAUUUUGAUGGGAUACCCAGCGGGAGCCUCCGCGGCGGAGAGAGCAAAAUUCCUGUCAUAGAUUUUUGUGAAACUUUGCACACCUUGAGGCAAGCAUCAAAAGUUUACGUAGCCUACUGCAGUUCGAUUAAAAGCUAAAACCAUGGUGAAAUCAUUGCCACGUGAUAUUCCUUCAGAUCGCCAAAAAAAUCAUACCAUAAUAAAGGUCAGUCUAUGUGUAAUCCAUGUGUUAUAACUGUUUUACGAUGAAGACGAAGCUGUUUACGUAUAAGAGGUCCAAAGGUGAAACGUAUGCUUACAAAAAUGCUGGGUCGAGCCACCUUCAACUUUAUUUCCAGUCAUGAAUUGGGACAUAAUAGAAUUAAAAUUUUGUAAAUAAUUAUAAUCAAGAUCUCAAAACUUCAUGGUAAUGACUUUCAAAAUAAUUAACCGCAGAACGCAUUUACAUUUGUGAAUGAUGGGAAGCUGUCAUGCAGCGGUCAUCCUGUUAUGUUAUAGAGUGUUUUCACAUAACGUCACGGUGGCCAUAUUGCAUGUUGUCCCAAAACAAUGAAACAGCGGCCAUGUUGGUGUCCCAAACCAGUCCCCUGGGAGUUGAACUCUUUUCUUAUGCAAACGCUUUCUUUUGUUCCGAUGGAUUUGCAUAUAUGCUGGCCACGUGAGUGAAAACACUCUAUAUUGGCAUUAUUUGUUUCAGAAUUAUUAGUCCAAAAGAGUGAAGUGCCUGUAAACUAGCUGGAUAAGCUAAGUGCACUUUCCACUAUAAACAAACCUCCCUCGCAUAUUCACUCCUCCUGUUCUCUCGUUGUCAUAUCUUGUUCUCAAGCUUUGAAGCGAAACAAACACUGUUUUGUCUUGAAGCUAAAUAAGCCCAAUAGAAAACGGGGCGGGGUGACCUAACCGGCGUGACUGUUCCAUUCGUCUUUGUGUCAUGUAGCCUCAUGUCACGGUAAUGCGUUCAACAUAACUGUAAUCGCAAUUUUGUACUUUUUGGGCAGGCUAUGGUAAAAUGGCUCCAUCGACGGUAUGGGGAAGGAUAUUUUGUAUAUUUUACGCGAUAUUUGGAAUUCCCAUCACUGGUCUAAUGCUGAAAUCGAUUGGCGAACGAAUAACGGAGACAUUGGCAAGCUUCUGGAAAUUUGUGGACACAAAAAUAUGCAAACGAGAACAUCCUCGUAGAAUAUACCUCAAGACUGUGGCGUGUAUUUUCAUUAUGGUCGCUGGCAUGAUCCUUCUCCUAGCGGGUAUUGGUAAAAGCUAUGAAGGUUGGACAUUCUUUGAAGGGGUCUAUUUUGCAUUUAUAACCCUCAGUACGAUUGGCUUUGGAGAUUAUGUGCCCCAACACCCAUCAAAACACGAGAAAGAUCACCCGGGUUACGUCAUUGCUUUCACAAUUCUCACAUUUGUCUACUUCACCUUUGGCCUUGCUAUGGUGUCCAGUGCCCUUCUAGCCAUCAGUCGGUUGUUUGAAGACGAGCCACCCUGGGGCUUUAUUUCUUUGGUGGGUGGAGAUGACGGCGAAGACGACGAAGAGGAAAAACUUCUAUCCGAGAAGCGAAAAGCGCAAGAGAAAGCCAAGCUGGCAGACGGCAGUGGUCCUUAAUGACUAUCUAAAUUAGAAGCCUUAUAAUCUUAAUUUAUGCGGAUCUAUUACGGUAUAUCUGUUUGUAAUAAUUAUGUCGUCGGGGAUAGAUAGAUUGAAUACGUUUUGGGAUUUCGUCAUCAGUGGUUUAGUGACGUCACAUUGAGUCCAUGGAAGGAUCGUACACAUUAUCGACGACUGCGAAAUUCAUCGUCCUCAGUUGACCCCCAAGAGAUUUUAACGAUUGAGAAACAUUUUUGUUACGGGGAAAAAUGGCAGACAGAAAAAUGGUAGUGAGUACCCUGUGAAUAAACGACCUUGAACUUGUUUGGAAGUACGAUUUGUAUGCUUUGCCACUUUGUGGCAAGAACUGUGUAGAAUGGGAACCAUUUGACAAGCUGAUUAUUGCAUGCUGCUGGCCAGAAGACCACGCAUCUUGUCGCAGGUAGACGGACCCCUUAUAAAACGGGUAAGGAGCUGCUGAUCCUGUCAAACAUGGAUUCAAAACGUAGGUAGUUAAAAUACGAUUAAUUAAUUUGUUGUUUGCUUUUUAAAGUUAGAGAGAAAUGUAACACAAUGUAUCGUUUAAUUGUUAUAAUUACAAUAACAGUUGUAAUUGCAAUUGAUUACAAUUACAAAUUGUAAUUAUAAUUACUAUGUACUAUUACUGAACACAAUAUUAUCAUAUCAACUUUGUUUUAUAAUUAGCCUUUUGAGUGGCCAUCUCUUCAUACUAGAUUUUAUUUUACUAUUACAACACAGAUUUUGGCAGCUCUCAGUUGCUGUUGAAUUGAAAGCGGAAAAAGUUUAUCAAAUCGGAUACAGAGGGCUUUCAGAUCGUUUGAGAGUGUAGAAACUGUUGAACUUUUGUCGAACUUAACUUAGGUUCGACACACUGUACGCCGUCUGAAUCAGAUGUCGCGCCAGUGUCGCUCCAAAGUCGAACUUAUUCAGUUAGGUUCGGCACAUGAAAAGUACGGCGUCUGAACCAGGCCUGAACCAGGCCUAAGUCCCGAAAUUUUUUCGGGUUAAUUUGCACCUCUGCGACGAUCACAUCGUCAUUUAAACUUAAAAUUACUUACUUCAUCGAAACGGCCAAUCUGGCCCCAGUUGUUCAAAAGUGGGAUAGCACUAUUCACUUGAUAAAUCUCUAUCCAGAGGAUAAUGCAAUUGGUUUCUAUAAUACUCAACCACUGGAUAAUGAUUUAUCAGGUGGAUAGCGCUAUCCAGCUUCUGAACUACUGGGGCCUGUUCUUUUGGUGGCCAUUUUGAAUUUUGCUGUGAGCAUGUGCGAGGUCUGGAACCCGGAAAUCUUCGGAGAUUGUCUCUUAUGAUAUGGAGGGACUUUUCACUUUAUUAUGGAGCAUUUCCAGACCUGCACCGUUCUAAAGCUCUUAUUUCAUUGGUCCCCUUUAAUCUGCCCUUCCAUUGUUUUCAGGGAUAGGGGUAUUGUUAUGUCACAAUCUCUAUUGUUUUCCCAGCCAAUCACAAACAAUCUUUCAAAUGGGUGCAGAUUGCCCGUCCCAUUCACGUGUCCAGCAGCUGUGCAAAUUUAUUGGAACAAAAGAAAGUUUUAUCAAAAACGUUCAACUCCCACAGGAAUAGUUUUGUACACCAACAUGGCGGCCGUUCAUUGAUUUGGACACCAAUAUUGCGAACGCGACGUCCUGUGAAAACGCUCUGUAGUCGGAUUGGACCUUCUGACAGUUUUCCGCGGAAUUACCUACUGUCCCAGGCCCGAAAGAAUUCUAGUUCCAGACUUCCCACCAGCCGUGCUCAAAAUUCAAGACGGCCACUAAAGAAAACACAAUUCACUAUUUUCACUGAGACCAUAAUGCACCUCGUCCCCCCCCAUCAAAUUUGCGUAACCAUUGUCUUCAAUUUCUGUUUGGACGGCUGUAAUACCCAGGAGAAAUUGGAAACAAUGGUUACGUAAAAUUUUGGGGGGUUGAACGAGGUGCAUUUAGUUUCUGUGAAAAUAGUGAAUGCCCGCAUUAGUAAAGUAAUGUGCAUUUACUUAUUUUCAUCUAAUGAAAUGUGAAGGCCUUCUGUGAUUUGAAGCGGGAUAUCGGCUGAUACCCUACUUGGUAACACUUUAUAGGUUAGUUGGUUCCUGAAAGUUUACGACAAAAUGAUUCAGUAUGUUGUAAUGGGCUCUUUGCAGAAUACGGCAAGCAACGCGCAGAGGGGCAACAAAAACAAAGAAAUUACAUCAUUCAAGAAGCUAAAUAUCCUUUCUUUUCAAGGUCCCAUUGCGAUGUUUGCCAUCCAGCAAGGUGAACCAUUUGACCGUUGUCUGCAAAGAGCCCAUUUGGGUGGAUGCCUAUGAGUAUUUAGCAUAAGUAAAAUUUGAAUACCAUAAUACACGGACUAGUUCCCAGUCCCCUAUGUUAUGAAAUAGGGCAAUGUGUGACAUGCCAUGGUCCUCGUUUCGCAAAAUAAGUUUUUGCCAGUCAAAGCACUUUCGUUGGAACCUUUUGUUAGUGAUGAUUUAAGGUAUUAGCCUACGCGAGGUUCGAUUGAACAUGUAACAAUAAUUAGAUGUGUUACGUUUCUCUCUUCACUACUGACUGACGAAGGCCCAUGUAUAAAUCAUAGUAAGUAGAGGAGACUGUUUAUGAAGUCCACCAAAAAUAAGAGAUAAAAAGAAAAUAGUGCUGCUCUUUAUAUUGGGAGCUAUCUGACCGUGCACAAUUUUGUAUUAUUUUUUGGACAAAUAUUGUGACUGAAGAAAUGAAUGGAACUUUUCCAUCGGUCAGUUUUUCAAAAAGAUAGAAAAGCUAUGGCUGGUGUAUAAUGUAUUAAAAUUUUGCUCUGCUGACCGUAGAACCUCCAGUAGCUGCUCAGUGGUUGGAGCAUCCAAUUUGCAACUCGGAGGGUCGUGAGUUGGAAUCUGACUACUGGAGCUUCAAUCUUUUUUUCUGAGCUUUCUGAUGCUUGAUUUCCCUCUCAAAAUUGAAUGUUGUGCACGGUUAAGUCCAGAAAAGCUAACGAAAACGUAAAACAAAGAAGUAUGACGGACUUCAUAGCCAUUGCACCCUAUUAACUAAACAUAGACUAAUGGCGUCUGGUGGAUUUCAACAUUAUGCUAACAUAACGGCAAGAACAAGGUAAAGUAAUUUAUUUUGGCUUUUUCUCAUGUAGUUAAGAUGUCACCGUUUUCUCAUUGACGUCAUUUUCGUGUGUUUGCGUUGCUAGAGAAAGCGAGGCUAAAAAAAAUAAAUAGAUGAUAUCUAUGGAUAUAGAGAUAACGGAAAAUACUAACGAGCCAAAUACCGUGAUUGAUCGAGCAAUAUAUUUAUUUUUGUAACAAUUAUUUAAACAUAUUGAUGUCUGUCUAAAUCUGUUAGCCAAAUUUAACAUUGCGUUUAAUGCUUUGAUAUUUUACUUCUCUCUCAAGAAUCUUUAGAUGAUAUAUAUCUGUUAAAUGGUUAUAUUAGUAAUUUUACUUUUCUUCCACACAAGGCAACUUUGUGUGACUCUUUAUGGGCUCAUUUCUGGACCAAAGAUAGGCCCAGUCUUUCUUAAUGAACAGUUAUUUCUGAAAUACUUUGAUUUACAUUAAUUUGCUUUGUUUAAUGAUAGAAAAAUUCCGGCAGCCACUCUCUUGACCAAUAAGGAGUAAUCUUUGUUAUUAAGUAACAAGAAUUUUCGGUUUAAUUGGAAUUAGUACUUAGGGGUAAAGUCAAAAUUCUGGUUGCUAAAGUGUCUCAUUCUAAAACCUGGGCCGAGUUGCAAAAAGCGACUUGAUUAAGAGGGUUUGCAACCGUUCCCAGUAUUUAGAAGGGUUUUUUACGCUCGUUUAUGUACCCUCGGCCAAGUUAUUCGUGAUAACGUGCAAAAAAUUCAUGCGGCACAAAGAGAAUAAAUGCUGCGUAGUGCAACUUGUCCCUGAUCCUUGAGAAAUUCAGAUGCCACUCUUAAAUCGUGCAAAUUUUCAGACCACAACGGUCUUCACCAUAGCUAUUACAUAUAGAAGAGAAUACUCCAUGAUUUUAUAUUGAGAGAGACCAGGCCAUAGGAUAAAUAUCUGAUUCGCCCAAGCUACAGUGUUUUCUUGAAUGAACUCCUGCGGACGGCCGGGUGGCACUGAGUUGUAGAAAGAAGCUCAGAAAUGUGUGAUCAGAACGACGGUAUUGGUUACCAUCUCGGCCCCAACGCCCGAAAACAUCAUUUUUUUAAUGGGAAAUGACCCAGAGGUUUAUAGAUUUGAGAAAGCACACUAGAUCGAAAUUUCAGUGACAAACAUUGUUGAUAGAAAAUAAUGUUUCUCCUUACUUAGUAGGGAAGUGAGUUCCAAUUAUUCAAGGUAGAUAACUUAAAAUAUCGGACGUAGUGAUUGUGACUCUGGAAGCCACAGUAAAGCCUCGGGAAAGGCUAAAUAACGUUUGUCCUUCAUUGUAAACUUUAGAUAGGGAAUGGGGAAAUUUUACCCUGCGAUAUCGAUUAGUUCUCAGAGUAUAAAAAUGUAUUUAAACAUUAUAUCUAUUCGAGGUGUUCUGGUUGCAAUGUCAGACUUGGAUUGAGUGAAUGUUUAAGUAAAUAUUACCACAAUUUUUAGGGAGUUUUAAUUGCACUUAUACGUACUUUUACUAGGUCGAUGGAAAGUAAGCGCCAAGCUAGUUUAACAUGAGAAAGAAACAUUAAAUUUCAAGUCCAAAAGUGUUCCGAGCUAAAACUAGCCAGAAGAUUGUAUCAAUUUUGUGAGAGUAAUUUUCAACUGACAAUUAAAAAUUCUGAAAACAGGAGCGUAGUGUUAGUUUCGUUUCUGUGUUGACAUUACAACCAUUACACAUGAAAUAACUGAUAAAAAAAAUUGUGAAACCUCAAACGUUUUUCAAACGACAACUUUUUUGCUUAACUUAUUUAUUUAAAUUCUGUUCUUCGUCUUAAGAUGGAAUUGUUUCGUCAUUAACUUAUGCCGUCAGAGAUGGUGGUCCCAUGACUGCUGCAUAAAAUAGGUUAGUCAGUAGGCCAGUUCCAAGAUGACUCGAGCCUCUUUUUCUAAACGAGGGCGAAGUCUUUAAAAUGAAAAUAUUUUUUUUUGUUUCCGCUAAAAUAAAACCUAUUUUCACGUGAAGAGUUUUGCAAUUGGCCUCGUUUUGGAACUUGUAAACGGACUAUUCUAUUGGACCAGCUGCCUGAUCAUGUGAUUUUACUUUAAACGACCAGAGUCCUUUGGGAUUAUAAUUUCCUCCGCAAAUGACAACGAUUGCCUCAGAAACCUCUCGGCUUGCAAAACAUAAUGAUUUAAUUUAAUAGGAAAAACGGAUUCUGGUAGUUAUUGUAAGUGAAAAGGCCAUCAUACUUAGAGGUAAGCAUUUUUUCUGUUAAAAAUCAAAAUGUCGUUCAGUUGUCUUCUUGAAGCCUCUUUUGUAUUUUUAAUUUGACAAAUCAUUUUUUUUUGCUUUUUACCAUUAUAUUUUUAUUACGUUUGGUCAUGAUUGUCGUUAGAUAGAGGUAAAAUGUAAAAAGAAUAUCAAUGA